AUGGACAACUCCGAUCGAGACUCAUCCGCACAGCCCGUUAGUCAUGACCCCCAAGAACUGGACGAGGAACUACUUUCCGACUGGUACCUUCAACAACAGGAGCAAGCUGCCGAGUCAUCUAUGAACUCCGACCAAGAUGAUUCCGAAAGUGGAGUUCAUUAUGAAUACGUGCUCGAAGAUGUAGAGGAAGACGACGACGAAGACGACGAGGAUUAUCAUGAUGCCGAAGACGGUGAAGAUACAGAAACAGAACGUGAAGUGGCCGGUAUCAUCGCGUCAAACGGAGACGAUGAUGAUGGGGAAGAAGACGAGGAGGAUAGCGAUGACGCUGACGACGCGCUUGAUGGUGUACAAGCGAUUUUAGAUGGCGCAGGAAUUGGAUGGUUGUCACGAGCACAAGUUAUGGCACUUCUGAGAGGCAGAAACCUUGGCAGCGUUCUGGUCGAAGAAGGGGAUGACGGCGACUUUCUGAGCUUUGGUGCCAGACGUCGACGACGGGCGCCACCCGAUCCGAAUCGUUUCCCCAAAGUCCCGAGCGAGAAAGGCCUCGAGCUUAUGCACUCAGGUGUCUUUGGUGCCACUGAUGUCCGUGUUCACAAGCAGAAGCAGCUGGCCCGUCGCAUCCUCGACCGAGAGCUCGGCUUUGAUACCAGAGUCGAUCAGCAGAAGAAUCAAGACUUGAUGGCGCAGAACAUGCUCCCAUCAAACAGAGCAGAAAUGAUUGUCCACUACGAUUCGCCUGUGUACUCUGGUCAGUUCUCCGAGGACGGCAACUUCUUCUACGCAUGUGGCCUGACUUCAAAGGUCCGCAUGUACGACACAUCGAACCCGUACAACUGGAAAUACUACAAGACCGUCGAGUAUCCCUUCGGCCAGUGGACAUUGACUGAUGCGUCGCUGAGUCCCGACAACAAAUGGCUUGCCUAUACCUCGAUCCAUUCCAGCGUCUGUCUGGCGCCGACCGAUCCCAACGAUAGGGGUGAUCCGUAUACGCUCAACCUCGUUGCCGGCAGGGGUGGCCACAGAGGAUACCACAGCUUUGGCAUAUGGUCGGUCCGGUUUUCCGGCGACGGGAGGGAACUCGUUGCCGGCACCAACAAAUGUUCCAUCAUCGUCUAUGACAUCGAGUCCCGUACGGUGCUGCAUGAUGUGCAGGGCCACGAGGACGAUGUCAAUGCCGUAUGUUUUGCGGACAAGUCUUCGCCACAUAUCUUGUAUUCCGGCUCCGACGACACCACGAUCAAGGUCUGGGAUCGACGAAGCAUGGGCGAUGGACGGCCAGCGGGCGCUUUCAUCGGACAUACGGAAGGACUGACGUACAUAGACAGCAAGGGCGACGGGCGCUACAUUUUGAGCAACGGCAAAGACCAAACGAUGAAGCUGUGGGACCUGCGCAACGUCAUGCCCACCGACAGGUUCAGCGAGCUCAACCCCACGCAGCACACGGCAGGCCGGGGCUUCGACUACAGAAUGGUCAAUCUGAAGUAUGACUGA